AGCUGACUUCCGGUAUGUGCCUCUGACUAAACAACAUGAAGCAGACCGCGCCUUUGGUUCUGCUGCUAAUUUUAGUAACUUUAGAUUUUAAUUCUGCUGAAACUUAUGUCCUCGAUGAUAAAAACGGACUGGGCCGAGUGUUUGACGGGAUUGGAGGUUUGAGCGGCGGAGGGGCAACCACUCGUUUACUUGUUAAUUACGAUGAGCCAUAUCGCAGCCAGAUUUUAGACUACUUGUUUAAGCCCAACUUUGGCGCAUCUUUGCACAUUCUGAAGGUUGAGAUUGGAGGAGAUGCUCAAACUACUGAUGGAACAGAGCCUUCACACAUGCACUAUGAAGACGAUGAGAACUACUUCAGAGGGUACGAGUGGUGGCUCAUGAAGGAAGCGAAGAAGAGGAACCCCAACAUCACACUGAUUGGUCUUCCUUGGGCCUUUCCGGGAUGGGUUGGUCGUGGUAAAAACUGGCCGUACGACUUCCCCGACAUCACGGCUUCGUAUGUGGUGAACUGGAUUCUGGGGGCAAAGCAGUACCAUGACCUGGACAUUCAGUAUGUCGGGAUUUGGAAUGAACGGAACUUUGACAGCAAAUACAUAAAGGUGCUCCGGGACGCUCUGGACAAAGCCGCUCUCUCAGAGGUGGGCGUCAUUGCAGCAGAUGGAGACUGGAGCAUCGCCAGUAGUGUUAUUAUAGACCCGCUGCUUUAUGACGCUGUUAAAGUCAUCGGGGCGCACUACCCGGGCACAGACACUGUCCUGGACGCUCUGAAGACGCAGAAGCAGCUUUGGUCUUCGGAGGAUUACAGCACUUUUAACGACGAGGUGGGAGGAGGCUGCUGGGCUCGAAUCCUCAACCAGAACUAUGUCAACGGCCUCAUGACUGCGACUAUUUCGUGGAACCUAAUCGCCAGUUACUACGACGACCUCCCUUUCGGUCGAGACGGGCUGAUGACGGCCGAGGAGCCCUGGAGCAACAACUACGUGGUGGAGUCUCCUAUUUGGGUCACAGCUCACACUACACAGUUCGCUCAGCCCGGAUGGACGUACUUACAGACUGUGGGGCAUUUGGUGCGAGGGGGAAGUUACGUGGCUCUCACUGAUAGAAAAGGGAAUCUCACAGUCGUUAUAGAGACGAUGACUCAUGAUCACUCUGUUUGUAUAAGACCUCCACUUCCUGCUUUUAACGUCACGGCCCAGAAUGCAACGUUUCACCUGAAGGGCUCAUUUGCAUCGAUCGAGGAACUACAGGUUUGGCGAUCGCAGUUUAACUUUAAAACCAUGAAGCCUGUGUUUUUUGAGAAGCUACGUCCCCUGAAGGUUUUGGAUGGAACGUUCACGCUGCAGUUAAAAGAGGAUGAAGUUUACACCAUAACAACAAUAACAACAGGAAAGAAAGGCAGUUACCCUGAUCCACCACCGUCGGCGCCAUUUCCCAAAGUUUAUAAAGACGAUUUCAACAACAAAAACCCUCCUUUCUCUGAGGCUCCAAACUUCGCUGACCAGACUGGAGUUUUUGAAUACUACAAAAAUCUGACAGAUCCUGGGCCCCAUGUUUUUACUUUGAGACAAAUCCUGACUCAGACGCCGAUCACAUGGGCCACGGACGCAGAUCAGACCAUCAGCGUCAUAGGCGAUUAUCACUGGCAGAAUCUGACAGUCUCGUGCGACGUCUUUAUGGAAAAGGUGAAGACUGGUGGGGUUUUCGUAGCAGCCAGAGUGGACAAAGGAGGCGGUUCCGUCCGCAGUGCCAGAGGAGUCUUCUACUGGGUCUAUGCAGAUGGAACGUACAAAGUCACUAAUGACCUGGCUGGUCAGACUGUGCUCGCAGAGGGGAAGUCUGGUACACGCGCCUACGGUUGGCACACAUUGACACUAACAGUCCAAGGGCAGUAUGCAUUUGGACUUCUGAACGGAUACCCUCUGUGGAAGAACGCUGUGGCGCUCACUCCCAAAAACGGCUGGGCGGCCAUUGGGACAAACUCGUAUGAACUGGCUCAGUUUGAUAACUUUGCAGUGAAAGCAGAGUAACAGCAACAACCGCCUGUGCCUUUUGACUGACUGACACUACCUUUGAGAAUUAUACUGUGACUUGAUUAAAAUAUUGGUGUUGAUUGCUCUUACUUGAAUGUGUAAAUUUGAAUUUUAUUGUAGUAAAUUAUUUUUGAAAUAGCCUAAUGCACUGUAAAUUCUAUCAUAAUAUUUGUAAAUAUUGUAUUGAUUUUUAUUAAAGACAAUUUGUAUGAUUAUGUCUC